GUACUGAUUCCAUAUAGUCCAAAUAUGUCUGGGCUUCAGGAACACUUCUGUGAUGUUGUAGAUCUUCAGCAGAAACUUGUUGAGCACUUGGGCUUUGCCACUGUUAUGUCGUAUUUGACACUACUUACUCGGAUGCUGAAGCAGAUUGGCAGCAGUUUAUCUGUAGAAUUCAUACAGAAGAUUUUUGGCACAAGCUCCCCCCUGCGUAGCUUACGCCUUUCUCCACAUCGGCAAGUAUGGCAGGCUACGCUUGGAGUGUACCAUGCUGCACUCAGCCUGAAAAAUGUUCCUUUACUGCAGGAAGCUUAUAACUACAUACUUGCAGAUCUACAGAUUGCUCAUCGUGUUUUAGUACCAGAAGCAGCCAGCUUUGCAGCAACAACGGUUUUAGAGGGAGUUUCAUAUAAUGAGAGGGAAGCAACUGUCCUUAUGAUGUAUCUCAUGACAGUAUUAGCUGAGGUGGCAAAUACAAGGAACUCCAUCAUCACCAUGUGGGCACUUAAUCCUCCCAUUGUUGAUCUGCUGGCAACACACCUCACUCCAUCCAGCUCUCACUUGGCACUGCAUUACCCUGAGGUUCAGCAUGCCAUCUUGUUCCUGCUGUACUCACACUGUUCCAAGCAUUCCCACUAUAUAAGCUCCAGCACCCUGAUUGUGGGGGCAACAUCUCCAUUUGUUCCACCCUCGGUCUCCACAACAUUUUCUGGAGGGUCACCAGGAAGCUUCUCCUCUGGAUCAUCCACCAGUGAGAAUCUUACUACAAUACUUACUACUUUGACAGCUGUGUUGCGACAGAGACAAGUUACUGGGGCCAACAUCAUUCAGCUGUGUCUGGAAUGGGCAGCAGAUCUUGUCAGCAGUAGUGAAACUUCCUUACCUCAGCUGCUCAAGAUCAAAGUGUUUACCCAGAUGAUAGACACCAUUGUACAAACUGGUUACCACCAUCUCAAUUCAGUUACAUCUGCUGUUGCUGCCAGCUUAACCUCUGUGUUUGCUGUGCUACCACCCACUCAGAUGGAUAAUUUGGAAGAAGUUGUAAGGUUAUGCCUCCAUCAUAUGAGCCACAAUGAACCUAAAAUUCGCAGUGCUUAUCUAGACCUCUUGGCUAGACUUCCUCUCAGUUCUGUCUCUCAUGCCAUGUGUUGUUUUAACACAAAUGAAGAAAAUGAAUUUAGUGCAAACAAGACUGAUUCAUCAUCCAAUGUUGAGAUUGGCAGUCUUGAUUCUUCAUCAGUCAAAAGUCUAGAGAGGCACUUUGUUUUACGGUCAACAGCAGGCCAGCUACCUUCAAAUGCCUUUCACACACUAAUGGCAUUUAUACUCCAUGUUUCACAGCCUAAAGGUGAGUAUUGGCAGGAAGACCUCUUUGCUGUUAGCCAGAGAGUUGAAAGGAUGGCAAAGGCAGAGGACCUGAGUCUUCCUGUGCUAGCUUCUCAUCUUCGCACCUUGUUGUGGAAGUGGUUGGCUUGGGAACCUGCUCAGCACUGCAUUGCCAGCAAAUUGCGGACUACAUUAGGAAAGCCACAGGACACAUUUACUAGUAUUGAAGGUGCCAUUAAGGUCGAGCAAAGGAAGUCCGAGA